AUGUUAAUCAGAAGCCCGGGUUAUAUGGCUGAACUUGAUGCCCACAUGAAAGCUGAAAAGGAGUCAACAAAGAUUGAAAAUGAAUUAAGAGAAAAGGCUGAGGCAAGACAGCUUAUUGGAAAAGAAGCUAUUCAUAGAGAAACACAUACAUUUCUCAUGCAUGCUACAAUUGGUCCAUAUUCAGGUAGUAAAAAUCCCAGCAGGAUAAAAUACUUUAUCAGUGAAAUACUUCGUAUUUCAGAACGUUUCAGCCUAAAUGAUACACAAUUAAUUACUUUAAGUGGUAGGAACAUGACAGGAAGAGCCGAGGAAUGGUUUCAUGCUUAUAGGUGUUCUGCAAAAUGUAGGGAUGAAACUUUUCAGCAGUUCACUCAUCAUCUUAUACAUCAUUUUGCAGGAGCCAAUGACAAGCAACAACAAGUCGAGGAUAUUGUAAAUUUGAAGCAGAAUAAUAGAGUAAUCGAAUAUAGUAGUCAUUUUGAAUCUUUUCUACAAAAAUUACCGAAAGACUUUUUUACAGAAGAACAAAAAGUGAUAUUUUACAUUUCUGGCCUAAAGCCUAAAAUCAAAAUUGAGGUGCAACAUGAACAUCCACUUACAUUGAUUGAAGCCAUUGAAAUAAGUCAAGUAUAUGAAAACAUAAUAAAGGUUGGUAGUUUCGGAAAUAAUCAAGUCAAGAAGACUGUUGAAUUAGAUCCACAAAGGAAAGUUGAAUGUCGUAAAUACUCAGAUCAAAAUGAAAGAACAGGUCAUGAUGAAAUGAAAAUCGGUUCUGUAAACAUUGAAUACCAGGGAAACAAGAAGUAUAUAUGUUACAACUGUUCAAAAGAAGGGCAUUUUGCAUCCCAGUGUCUUGAAAGCGCAUUGACUCAAAAUGUGAAGUAG